UGUUUGAUGGAUGUCAGCUAGCGAUGGAUGCUUACAUCAGCUGUGAGACGCUUUGACAGACGGGAUUCGGCUGGUUUGGACACAGAGGGCAGGCUGUUCCAGACUAACUCAGUGUUUGUGAUGUGCUCUCAGUUGGCAGACAUGGUGAGGCACAGCAUGAUGAAAGAGUUGCAAACCUUCCAGCACUCUCUCCAGGGUAACUCCCUGGCUGUGGGCCAAGUGGGGCAGAGCUGUGAGGCAGCUCAGGGGAACGGGGUCGUUUCAGAGCAGAGACAGCCCCUCUCCCAGGGCCCAGCAGAAAUUGAGAAAAGCCAGCCGGUGAAUAUCCCAGAUGCAGCUAAAAGAAAGAAGAAGAAAAGAACCAGAGCGACAGACAGCUCCACAGGCACUUUUGAUGAUCUCUACAAACUGACAGAUGAGGUGCUCGGUCGGGGGGCUUUUGCUAAAGUUCAGGGAUGCAUAAGUCUGCAGAAUGGACAUGAGUUUGCUGUGAAGGUGAGUGAGAAUAUUCUGUUUGUAACAAAGUCAGACAUUUUUUUUUCCUUUUUUAUGAUUUAGAAAAUUCUUCGACGGCUCUUUGUAUGCACUUUCUAUUCUUG